AGCAUGUAUAUUAUUUAAAAAAAGUUCUUUAUUUAGAGAAACAGAUUCACAGGCUGUUAUGAAAGCAAGUAAAGAUGCUAGAUUAACAGCAGAACACGCUACAAACAUAUGAUCAUAUUCUUCCUCCACACCUGACGGACUUCAUUAACGUCAUGUUUACACAUUUACACACUUAAACCUCACUUGUAGGAUAAAUCAUUGUUGUGGAACUCUCAAUCGUCAAGAAGUGCCUAAGGGAGAACCGUUAAGCUGCUGCUUUGCACGUCAUUAGCCUUCUGUUGCCUGGUGAUGCAACACAUCACACACCAACCAUGAAUCUACCACUCGCUCCUGUAUUCCACCCCUGCAUAUGAAAGCGAAUCAAUGCAGGACUCAGUAAAAUUAGGCUUAUUGCCCUGUGGGAGCAGAUAGAGAGGACGGGCGGGGUAGCAAAAGUGUGGGGUAGAAAGAGGAGGAAAAGUAGAGAGCUGCCUGGCAGAUACAUUCACACACACAGCCACAGAGAAACUAUUUCAGUCAUGGCCUCGGAGAGCGAGAUUGAACUGGAGUUCACUGAGGACCUGCAGCUGACCGAGGUGAUGCGGCUGAGGGUUCAGUCUCUGCAGCAGCGUGGCCAGAAGAGGCAAGACGGUGAACGUUUGCUUCUGCCCCAUGAGGCGGUAUUCCGGCUGGACUUCACCGAUCAGGAACUGACCUUUUCUCACUGGAAGGUGACCCUGACCGGAGUAGGCCGCCUUUCCAUUACAGGUAUCUCCCAGCUGUGGACGCCUGACCUCACCAACCUGAUGACGCGCCAGCUCCUGGAGCCCACGGGCCAGUUUUGGAGGUCGGCCGGCGACCCAGAGGAUGCGCCCAUUAAAUGCCUGGAGGCCGACAUCCAGGAGUUUGGAGAGAGGAUCGCUGAGCUGGCCAAGGUCAGAAAGGUCAUGUACUUCCUGUUCGCCUUCAAGGAGGGAGUGGAGAAAGACGGCGUAAACUGCUCGGUGGUGUUCGAGAGGAACGACUAGGCUGGGUUAUGAGCGCAGAAGUCUUUAAUAGAACAUUUUUCUGAACUAUACUAAUGCUCAAGUUAAAUAAUUAGUCUUUAGCCUCUUUUAAAUCCUAAUGUCAAUUAGAGAAGGAGUUAAUAGUGAAUGUGUGUUUGUAGUAGUCUAAUUUAAUGAUUAAUGAAUGUGCAGACAUAUAUACACACUACAUCCAAAACGCUGCUUUAAUUACAAUGAUCUUUUGUGAAAAGUAUAUAUAGAUACUUAUGUGCUUAUUAAGAUUAUAGAGCAUUUUAACAACCUAACAACACAGAAGCCUGUAAUGUAAUGUAAUACUUCUCUUGUAAUAUUACAGACUGUGCUGAUAGAGAAUGUGUGUGUUAGCUUAUAUUAAUAACACUUCCAAUGUUCUGCUGAUAAAUUUAUUUUAUGAAAAGCUAAAAUUAUAAAUAUAUGUAAAAUUUAAAGAG